AUGGCACGAGAGAGAGUGGAGCUGACAGAUAAUUUUGGCAAAAGCCCAGGAAACGGUUCUGCAGACUUGAUCAAAAGAAGGUUCGCCAAUCCAAUGGAGGGAGAAGCUGGUGUGGAUAAGGUUUUAGUACAAGAAAAAAACAGCUCUCCUCCACCUAGAGGGUUACCGAUUAACUGGAAUCUUAUAACUGGUCCGGUCCGUGAGCCCAUCUUCUCCACUUCUCCGUCUAUCUUGCCACAGGAUUCAGCUGUGCAUUCGCUGCAAACCAAACUGAAGACUUUUGGCCAGCGCAGGCAAAGAGGCAGGGAGAAGGACAAAGAGAGAUCAAAUUUGGUCUCUCAUGAAGGAGGUUUGUGUGGCAUUGCACCAGAAAUCUAUCUAAGACCAAAGGAGAAAGGAAAGAGUCUGGCACCUGUAACUAUUCCACCUUGUCGCUCUAGAACUGCCAGGAAUUUGAGUACAAGUGAUGAGGAUCAGGAGGUUGAGGUUGAGGUUAAGUUGGAGAUCCAUAGUCCACCUGCUGAAACACAGAUGCUGUCUCAGGGAGCACAAGAGGCAUCAUCAGAAACAGGACAGAAUAUCACACAAUGUAAAAGUUUGGAAAGUCUUUUGUCCGACAACAUAAAUCAUGAAAAGCCAAAAGAACCUCUACAAGCUGCACCUUCUGUUGCAACAUCUUCAAGUACUAAUGUGUCUUCAACCUUUACUACAUCCACAAGACACUGGGCACCGCCUAAAGGUUUUUGGAGGAUAGCACGUCCAGAAACACUACUUUUAAGUGGUGUCACACCGUCAACUUUACCCAUAAUGGAUUACACUAAGAUUGAUGAAAAAUGCAAGGAACCUGCCAAAACAGACAGCAAAUGUGAGAAUGUGGGAGUUGCAGUAGAUGAUGCGGAUGCCCCGGGUGGGAUUAAACACUCAGAUAGUAUGGAGUGCUACCUGGAGAAGUGUGAGCAGAAGGAGAUGGAGGCCAAAGGACUGUGUAACGCCAAUAAUGUGAACACAACCUCGCAAAGUCCUCCAUCUGAUGAUACACUUACAGCCAAACAAAAAGCCUAUGCAAAGUUAAGAGAAAGACAACAGAGUCGCAGAGUAACAAAGGAGCCGGGAGGCGAAAGUGCAGACCAAACAGACGACACAGAUGUCUCAGGUCUUUCAAACUGCAUAGACUCAGCCAUUCUUCCUCAGGAACUUGAACCAUAUUUGAGGUCACUUCUUGUAAUAUCUGAUGAACUUCCUCUUAGUCCAAGACAUGAACAAGCUAAACGCCUUUUGGAGAGAGCAAGGCUGAAAGCACGGUCCAAUCACAUGAAAGGUGAUGGAGUCAGCAGACGAGUUGAACCUGAUCAGAGUGACGUCAUUAAGAAACAACAAUUUGACUCUGACAGUCCGACACGGGUGCAGAAAGCAGUCCAGACCAAAGAGGAACUCUCUCCUCCAAGUGUCUAUGUCCCGCUCCUUCUCCCAGAGCACAGAGACACAUCUCCCUCAGAGCAGACAGGUCGGACCAGGCGUUAUGGAUGCUCCCCAACCAGAGUGCGCUUCGAGGAUGAAUCUGAGAAAGAAGCACAGUCUCGAUAUUUGGACCGAGUGAGACAACGUGGCAGAUCCAAGAGCAGAGAAAACAACCAGGAUGCUAGCAGCGGUAAGAACCAAAGAAGCGUGUCCGUGCCUCCUGCUCUUGUCAGUGUUGAAACUCAAACUGUGGUGAGGGAAAUCAUUGUGGUGGUGAAAAAGUGUGAAGCGUGUGGGUCCAUCGCCAGAGAAACGCAGGCUGUUACUUCUCCAUCUGAACCACAAAAUACUGACCUUCAACAAUUAACUUCCUCUGAAGAUCCAAGAACUAAGCAGGCUUCAAAACCAGUUAACACACGCCCAAAAGCUCCACUCACAGUCACUUUUGCUGGAGCCUACGUUCUGGGAGAAGACAAGGAAGUCAGCUCAGGAUGGAAGUCUUCAGGAUUUGGAAAACUCAGGAGGAGGAGCAGGAAAGGGGAGAGCAGAAUAGAGUCCGGUCAUGGUCCUUAUGGUCCAUCCUGGGCUCAGAGACGUAACUCAAAUCCAAGAAAUAGGGUCAACAUGCCCAGGGGGGUGACUUUUGCCCCCGGAAGCCCCAUUGCACUAGAACCACGUUUGCUAGAAGCAUCUGGUGGGACAAAGGAAUUAACAGGUCCACCACUGCCAAUCAAAUCAGCACUUAAAUCAAGCUCAAGGAAUCGUGUUAGUCCAAACCAGAGCGUGGUACAGUUUCAAGCUGGGUCCAGUGCAGGUGUGGAGGGGGACAUAGAGCACGACCAAUCAGAAGUGAGAAGAGAGUCUAGUCCAGUGUCUUUAAACCAAUCAGCUGCCAGUACCAACAGCCCUGUCUCCUGCAUCCGACCAUCCACUCUGAGGUAUUCUCCAGCCCGAAUGACCUCCGACCUGCCAGAUGCUGACCUCUGGGACUCUGCUCCAGAUGGGCCGGGUUUGUGUGUGGAGGGGAGUGGGGGUGUAGAGGGUCGCCCCAUCCUGCGGAACAUGGCCCUGUCCCGCUCAGACGACCUGAGGGCAGAUCUGUUGAGGGCAGAACAUCUGAAAGCAGAGGCCAUGUGGGAGGACAGCCCGGAUGGCUCGAGAAAGUUGGAUGGGCGUCCAAAACUGUUCCUGCGUCGUUUCUUUUCCUCCAUUGGUUUGAACAGUGUGGGCAGACUGGUGAAGGGGUCUCGCUCCAGCAGCAUGGAGCAGCUGAGCCUUCCUCCUGCCCCCCGGGCCAGCUCUGCCUCCCCCAGCCCCACGCGGAGACCCCAACCCACCAUCCGCAUCCAGAGGACCCCCUCCCUGCAAACCCUGCACACAGUGUUCCCAUUGGCCCAGCUGCGCAAAGCCUCCUCUGUACAGAGCUUGGAGAGAAGGACAGAGCGCUCCACCAUUCUGGGGGAGGUGCAGAUACCGUACGGCCUGGCUCCAAGUCCUGAAAGCCCUCAGCUGGCACUCCACCGGGCCCUCAGUGUGGAGAAUGUCCUUGUGUCCAGGAUGGGGCGUCCCGUGGGCAGGGUCACCCAGGCCUUCGCUGAUGGGACACUGCUCUUGGAACUCACCAAACCCCCCAAUGGUCCUUUUGGAUUUGUUAUAUCGAGAGGCAAAGGGCGCCCAGAUACAGGUGUGUAUGUGGAGAAGGUGGGUGAUGGCAGCGGUGAGGGCUUGUACGUGGGCCUCCUGGGAGUGGGUGAUGAGAUCCUGCAGGUGAAUGGAGAGGCGGUGGCCGGUCUCGCUCUGGAUCAGGUCACCAGGCUCAUGACCCGGGACAGCACGGCGUCUCUGCGGAUCAUGCCAGCCCGACACAGCCCGCGAUAAAGGGUCUGAGGUACAUAACUCCUCCUGUGGAUGUGACACUGGAAUCGAAGGCUGUUGAGGCUUUGCCAAUGACAGUUAAAUAUCAAAAUGCACAGCAACUCUCAAAAUGUAAG